AUGGGAUCUUCAUCGGAGGAUGAGGGUGAGGAGUACUUGUUCAAGAUAGUGAUUAUCGGAGAUUCAGCUGUCGGCAAGUCAAAUUUGCUAUCUCGCUAUGCCAGAAACGAGUUCAACUUGCAUUCAAAGGCCACAAUUGGAGUCGAGUUCCAGACACAAACACUCGAAAUUGAUGGCAAAGAAGUUAAGGCUCAGAUUUGGGACACCGCCGGCCAGGAGCGAUUCAGGGCCGUCACUUCUGCUUACUACCGCGGUGCCUUUGGUGCUCUUAUUGUUUACGAUAUUAGUCGAAGCUCUACAUUUGAUAGUAUCCCUCGAUGGCUUGAUGAACUCAAGACUCAUUCUGAUACAACUAUUGCAAGGAUGCUUGUGGGGAAUAAAUGUGAUUUGGAGAAUAUAAGGGCUGUAAGUGUUGAAGAAGGCAAAAGCCUCGCGGAAACAGAAGGGUUGUUUUUUAUGGAGACUUCUGCAUUGGAUUCAACAAAUGUUCAGAAGGCUUUCGAAAUUGUUAUUCGUGAGAUUUAUAAUAAUGUCAGCAGGAAGGUCUUGAAUUCUGAUUCUUACAAAGCAGAAUUAUCGGUGAACAGGGUUUCCCUCGUUAAAGAUGGCAGCGAAGUAUCUAAGAAGACUCAAGGAUCGUACUCUUGUUGUUCAAGGUGA